AGUCAGAAUGCCGGCAGUCUGAAAUAACCAUGCUCCCGCGCACAUGUUUUUGUUGAGUUGGAAGGAAAAUCACAAUUAUUGUAAAAGUGGCGUCAUGAGUAUUAAAUGAGUUGAAAAUUGAAAUAAGAUUUUUUGGUGAAAACUGAAAGCAGGCCUUAGUAGAAUGGGCCCAGUUACUAAUUUGCCAUACAAGGUAGAACACUCCGACGACUUCGGCCGCUACUUAUCAGCGGCCAGGGACCUGAAUCCUGGAGAUGUGGUCCUGACUGAGAGCCCGCUGGUCUUCGGGCCCAAAGGCAUGCCGGAUCCGGAGGCGUCCAUGCCCUGUGUGGGAUGCUACAAGCCUGUGUUCACGGACGUGGGAGAGAGAUGUGCCAGAUGCGGUUGGCCAAUCUGCUCCGGCAGCUGCGCCGGACUCAAAGACCCGCUACACCACGCUCGAGAGUGCGACGUGUUGAGCGCGCGCCCUGACUGCGUGCUCGACAAUAUGGCCGACUACUACAGGCACGAUGCCCUGCUUCCACUUCGGUGCCUGCUGCUGCAGAAGUCGGAGCCGGAGAAGUGGCAGAAGCUGAUGGAGCUGCAGUCGCACAUGGAGUGCAGACUACCGGGCACUGAAGCAUAUGAUGAGGCUAAUGAAUUUAUAGUGGAGUACUUAAUCAACAACUUCAUUGAAAAACUCAGCCAAGAAACAAGAAACAAAUACUUCACAGACACUUCUAAGGGCAUUCUACAUAAAAUAUGUGGUAUCAUGGACACCAAUGCACUAGAAAUACGCCUACCCUCUGGAUCAGAACUUAACUCUUUAUUUUCUGAGACGAGUUUGCUAGAACAUAGCUGUGUGCCAAAUACUAAGCAUACGUUCAACGUGUCCACAAAGAAUAAAAAUGAACUCUACAAUAUAACAGUUAAAGCUGUUCUGCCUAUCCAAAGUGGACAGCAUAUAAAGACUAUGUACAGUCAUGCCUUAUGGGGUACACUAGCUAGGAGGCAGCAUUUGAAAGACACGAAAUAUUUCUCGUGUAAAUGUGAAAGAUGCAGCGACCCGACAGAAUUGGGGACGUACUUGAGUGCUAUGAGAUGCAUCGGUGAUGAAAACGGACCUUGCGCUGGGAUCCAUCUGCCAGAAGAUCCACUGGACGAUGAAACCGAUUGGGCAUGUAGCAUGUGUCCCAUUAAAGUCGGUAACUCUCAAGUCAGUAUGCUGAUAUCUCAGAUGCAGGACGAAGUAGAUAAUGUACAGAUGAUGGGUAACUCAGUUACUAUACUAGAGAAUCUUAUGUGCCGUCUUUCCACUUUUCUACAUCCGAACCAUUAUCACUUGUACUCAAUCAAACAUUCGCUGGUACAACUUUACGGGAGGCAACCCAGCUAUAUGUCUGACGAAACUUUGGACAAGAAAAUCAAAAUGUGCGAAGAUCUGAUAAAUAUAACUAAUACUUUAGAUCCAGGCAAUGCCAGACUUAGCUUGUAUAGUGCUGUACUUCAUCAUGAACUACAUUCAGCUUUAGUUUUGAAAGCAAAAAAGGCUAACAAGGAGGGACUUCCUAAAUCAUUAGAAGAUAUUAAGCCUUUAGCAGAGAAAGCAAAUGAAGCAAUCAAAGCAGCUCUUGCAGCCCUUGUUGACGAUAAAGAUGAAACCUCUGGACAGAAAUUGUACGGUGUUAUAGAAGAUAGUAAGAGGAGCUUCGACAGAUACUGCACGGAGAAGAAAAUAACUUUUGAUUAAACAAUAACUUUAUUUUUGCUACUAAUAAAUUACUUAAAAUUAUUAUCACAGUCA